AUGUCUUACACUGCACUUGCCGUGACCUUUUUUGGCUGGUUAGCCUUGUCUUCAGCUUGUUAUAUACAAAACUGCCCCAUAGGAGGAAAGAGAUCGGUGAUAGACUUCAUGGACGUAAGAAAGUGUAUCCCCUGUGGACCAAGGAACAAAGGUCACUGCUUUGGGCCCAACAUCUGCUGUGGAGAGGAGCUGGGUUGUUACUUUGGCACCACGGAGACUCUGAGAUGUCAAGAAGAAAAUUUCCUCCCUUCACCGUGUGAAUCUGGAAGGAAACCAUGUGGGAAUAAUGGAGGGAACUGCGCCGCCUCCGGCAUCUGCUGCAACCAUGAGAGCUGCACGAUGGACCCGGCCUGCGAACAGGACUCUGUAUUUUCCUAG